AUGGCUUCUAGCGACUCUAAAGCCCCGCUGCGACAAGUAAAGCGUGUGCAGUUUGGCAUUUUGUCACCUGAUGAAAUUCGCCGUAUGUCUGUGACAGAAGGCGGGGUACAAUUCGCCGAAACCAUGGAAGGUGGCCGGCCUAAAUUGGGAGGGUUAAUGGACCCCCGUCAGGGUGCAAUUGACCGUUCUUCUCGUUGUCAAACGUGUGCUGGAAAUAUGACCGAAUGUCCAGGGCAUUUUGGCCACAUCGACUUAGCUAAACCUGUUUUUCAUAUUGGUUUCAUCACAAAAACCAUUAAAAUCUUACGUUGCGUUUGUUUUUAUUGUUCUAAAAUGUUGGUUUCGCCACACAAUCCAAAAAUUAAGGAAAUAGUUAUGAAGACGAAAGGACAACCGCGCAAACGUUUAGCGUAUGUGUACGAUUUAUGCAAAGGUAAGACCAUUUGCGAAGGUGGCGAGGACAUGGAUAUGACCAAAGACGGACAAACCAUUGAUCCCAAUAAAAAACCCGGCCACGGAGGUUGUGGGCAUUAUCAGCCUUCAAUCAGAAGAACUGGUUUGGAAUUAACUGCGGAAUGGAAACAUGUUAACGAAGAUUCUCAGGAGAAAAAAAUUCAAGUUACUGCUGAAAGAGUUUGGGAAAUCUUAAAACACAUCACUGAUGAAGAAUGUUUUAUAAUGGGCAUGGAUCCGAAAUAUGCGCGCCCCGAUUGGAUGAUUGUCACCGUUUUGCCAGUUCCGCCCUUAGCUGUACGACCCGCAGUCGUUAUGUUCGGUUCCGCCAAGAAUCAAGAUGAUUUAACUCAUAAACUCUCCGAUAUUAUCAAAGGCAACAAUGAGCUGCGCAAAAACGAAGCUUCCGGUGCUGCUGCUCACGUUAUACAGGAAAAUAUUAAAAUGUUGCAGUUUCAUGUUGCUACUUUAGUAGACAAUGAUAUGCCGGGUAUGCCUAGAGCUAUGCAGAAAUCAGGAAAGCCUCUAAAGGCCAUUAAGGCACGUUUGAAGGGAAAAGAAGGCCGAAUACGAGGCAAUUUGAUGGGUAAACGAGUUGAUUUUUCUGCGCGUACUGUUAUUACUCCCGACCCAAACCUGCGAAUCGAUCAAGUCGGUGUACCCAGGUCAAUAGCACAAAAUCUUACUUUCCCUGAAUUAGUCACACCUUUUAAUAUCGAUCGCAUGCAAGAGCUGGUAAGGCGUGGCAAUUCCCAAUAUCCAGGAGCAAAGUUUAUAGUACGUGACAAUGGUGAACGUAUCGAUUUGCGUUUCCACCCAAAACCCUCUGACUUACAUUUGCAAUGUGGCUAUAAGGUGGAAAGACAUUUGCGGGAUGAUGAUUUGGUUAUAUUCAAUCGUCAACCUACACUGCACAAAAUGAGUAUGAUGGGUCAUCGUGUUAAAGUGUUGCCAUGGUCUACAUUCCGUAUGAAUUUAUCUUGUACUUCCCCAUAUAACGCAGAUUUUGAUGGCGAUGAAAUGAAUUUACAUGUACCGCAAUCUAUGGAGACUAGAGCUGAAGUCGAAAAUAUACACAUAACACCUCGUCAGAUUAUAACACCACAGGCUAAUAAACCCGUCAUGGGUAUUGUACAAGAUACCUUAACGGCGGUACGAAAAAUGACAAAGCGUGACGUUUUUAUAACGCGUGAGCAAAUGAUGAAUUUAUUAAUGUUUUUGCCCACUUGGGACGGUAAAAUGCCUCAGCCUUGCAUUCUAAAGCCGCGCCCUCUUUGGACUGGUAAACAAUUGUUUUCUUUGAUUAUUCCUGGGAAUGUUAACAUGAUACGCACCCACUCAACUCAUCCUGACGAUGAAGACGAUGGCCCUUAUAAGUGGAUUUCUCCUGGUGAUACUAAGGUAAUGGUCGAGCAUGGCGAACUAAUUAUGGGCAUUUUAUGUAAAAAGACCUUGGGUACGUCGGCUGGUUCAUUGUUACAUAUUUGCUUUCUGGAAUUGGGUCAUGAAAUAGCUGGCCGUUUUUAUGGCAACAUUCAGACUGUGAUCAACAACUGGCUAUUAUUGGAGGGCCAUAGUAUUGGUAUUGGUGAUACAAUUGCUGAUCCGCAGACUUACAACGAAAUUCAGCUCGCCAUUAAGAAAGCUAAAGAUGAUGUGAUUAACGUCAUUCAAAAGGCUCACAAUAUGGAAUUAGAACCGACGCCGGGUAAUACAUUACGUCAAACUUUUGAAAAUCAAGUAAAUCGUAUUUUGAACGAUGCUCGUGACAAAACUGGUGGCUCAGCCAAGAAAUCUCUGACGGAAUAUAAUAACCUAAAGGCCAUGGUGGUAUCUGGAUCCAAAGGCUCCAAUAUUAAUAUCUCACAGGUUAUUGCUUGUGUGGGACAACAGAAUGUUGAAGGCAAACGUAUACCUUAUGGUUUUCGUAAACGAACUUUGCCACAUUUCAUCAAAGAUGAUUACGGCCCUGAAUCCAGAGGUUUCGUGGAAAACUCCUAUCUAGCCGGCUUGACUCCUUCUGAGUAUUAUUUUCACGCCAUGGGCGGUCGCGAAGGUCUUAUCGAUACCGCUGUCAAGACAGCCGAAACCGGCUAUAUACAGCGUCGUCUAAUAAAGGCUAUGGAAUCUGUAAUGGUUAACUAUGAUGGUACAGUUCGUAAUUCCGUUGGUCAAUUAAUUCAAUUGCGUUAUGGAGAAGACGGUUUGGCCGGUGAGACUGUAGAAUUUCAAAAUCUGCCCACUGUUAAAUUGUCGAAUAAAGCAUUUGAGAAACGUUUUAAAUUCGACUGGUCAAACGAGCGUUACAUGCGCAAAGUAUUUACCGAUGACGUCAUCAAAGAGCUUAGUGAGAGCGGGACUGCGUUCCCGCAACUAGAAGUAGAAUGGGAUGAGCUGUGUCGUGAUCGUGAUUCUUUACGUGAAAUAUUCCCCAAUGGUGACUCGAAGGUUGUUUUGCCCUGUAACUUGCAGCGAAUGAUUUGGAAUGUUCAGAAAAUUUUUCACAUUAAUAAACGUAUUCCGACUGACUUGUCACCUUUACGAGUCAUUAAUGGCAUACGCGAACUAUUACGUCGUUGUGUAAUCGUAGUCGGAAACGAUCGCCUAUCAAAGCAGGCGAAUAAAAAUGCCACUUUACUGUUUCAGUGUUUGAUACGUUCGACCCUUUGUACAAAAUAUGUUGCUGAGGAAUUCCGUCUAUCUACUGAAGCUUUCGAAUGGUUGAUUGGUGAAAUCGAAACUAGAUUUCAACAGGCUCAAGUCAAUCCGGGCGAAAUGGUAGGCGCCUUGGCAGCCCAAAGUUUGGGAGAACCGGCCACACAAAUGACACUGAAUACCUUCCAUUUUGCUGGAGUCUCUUCGAAAAAUGUUACUUUAGGAGUGCCACGUCUUAAAGAAAUUAUUAAUAUAUCCAAGAAACCGAAAGCGCCCUCGCUUACAGUUUUCCUGACAGGUGGUGCUGCCAGAGAUGCUGAAAAAGCUAAAAAUGUGUUAUGUAGAUUGGAACAUACCACCUUACGGAAAGUUACAGCCAAUACAGCCAUAUAUUAUGACCCUGAUCCUCAGCGCACUGUGAUUUCGGAAGAUCAAGAAUUCGUCAAUGUUUAUUACGAAAUGCCCGAUUUCGACCCAACUCGCAUUUCGCCAUGGCUAUUACGUAUUGAAUUGGAUCGGAAACGUAUGACGGACAAAAAAUUAACCAUGGAGCAAAUAGCUGAGAAAAUUAAUGCUGGUUUCGGUGAUGAUCUGAAUUGCAUAUUCAAUGAUGACAACGCUGACAAAUUAGUGCUGCGGAUACGUAUCAUGAACAACGAGGAGAACAAAUUCCAAGAUGAGGAAGAAGCAGUUGACAAAAUGGAGGACGACAUGUUCUUACGUUGCAUAGAAGCUAAUAUGUUGUCUGAUAUGACUUUGCAAGGUAUUGAGGCUAUAGGCAAAGUUUAUAUGCACUUGCCUCAGACCGACAGUAAGAAACGUAUCGUUAUUACUGAAACGGGUGAAUUUAAAGCUAUCGGAGAAUGGCUUCUAGAAACUGAUGGUACCUCUAUGAUGAAAGUGCUAUCAGAAAGAGAUGUAGAUCCUGUACGUACUUCUUCCAACGAUAUUUGUGAAAUAUUUCAAGUGCUGGGCAUAGAAGCUGUCCGUAAAUCAGUUGAAAAGGAAAUGAAUGCCGUAUUGCAAUUUUAUGGCCUCUACGUGAAUUAUCGCCAUUUGGCGUUGUUAUGUGACGUUAUGACAGCUAAAGGUCAUUUGAUGGCCAUUACACGUCAUGGUAUUAAUAGACAAGAUACUGGUGCUUUGAUGCGUUGCUCAUUUGAAGAAACUGUUGACGUAUUAAUGGAUGCUUCAGCGCAUGCUGAAACUGAUCCAAUGAGAGGUGUGUCGGAGAAUAUUAUUAUGGGUCAAUUGCCACGUAUGGGCACGGGUUGCUUCGAUUUAUUACUGGAUGCUGAAAAGUGUCGUUAUGGUAUUGAGAUACCCAGCACAUUGGGCAGUAGUAUGUUGGGCGGUUCCGCCAUGUUUUUUGGAGCUGGUGCUACGCCUAGCAUGUCACCGCCUAUGACUCCGUGGGUGAAUUGCGGUACACCUAGAUAUUGCUCUCCUUCCGGACAUUUGUUGGGCAUGACCCCGGGUCCCAGCUUUUCGCCUUCAGCGGCUUCAGAUGCUUCAGGUUUAUCACCCAGUUGGUCUCCUGCUCAUCCCGGUUCUUCGCCUAGCUCGCCUGGGCCUUCAACCUCGCCGUACUACCCAUCUUCGCCUAGUGCCUCUCCGUCUUAUUCGCCAAAUAGUCCGAAUUAUACGACUUCUUCCCCGGGUGGUGCUUCACCGAACUAUUCACCCCUCAGUCCGCAUUACUCACCAACCAGUCCGGUCUACGCAGCUAGCCCGCGAACUACAACGCCCGGUUUCAAUCCUCAAGCCACCGGUUAUUCGCCUUCAACUAGUUAUUCACCCUCUUCACCUGUCUAUUCACCUACUUCAAAUUAUCCGACUUCAAGCCCUUCGUUUUCCGGUAGUGGCACAAAUCUAUAUUCCCCCACUAGUGCUUAUUCGCCUACUUCCUCUAAUUUUUCACCUAAUUCUCCUUCUUAUUCACCAUCUUCACCUUCUUAUUCACCGACUAGCCCGUCAUAUUCGCCUACUUCACCGGCGUACUCUCCUACAUCGCCAUCUUAUUCCCCUACUUCACCUACUUACACUCCGGUAACACCUUCUUAUUCGCCUACGUCUCCCAAUUUUUCCGCAUCGCCUCAAUAUUCCCCCGCCUCGCCUGCUUAUUCCCAAUCUGGUGCUAAAUACUCACCGACAUCACCUAAGUACUCACCGCCUUCACCAUCAUAUGACGGGUCCCCAGGCUCACCGCAAUAUACACCAGCGUCUCCACAAUAUUCUCCAGCUUCUCCGAAGUAUUCUCCCACUUCACCUCUAUACUCACCCACUUCGCCGCAGCAUUCGCCAGCCAAUCAAUACAGUCCUACUGGCUCCAGCUAUUCGGCAAGUUCACCACGUUAUUCACCCAAUAUGUCCAGCUAUUCACCUAGUACUAAAUAUUCCCCAACAUCUCCGAGUUAUACCCCAACCCGGAACUAUUCACCCACCUCUCCUAUAUACUCGCCAACAUCUCAUGGUUAUUCACCUACCAGUCCAGCUUAUUCACCCAGCAGCCCUGCUUACGAAGAAAGCGAUGAGUAAACUUAUUACUUUAUUUUUUAUAAAAGCAUUUUUCUUUUAGUAUAUGAGAAUCCAUAUCCAAGUUUCCGUUCAAUAUUAAAUUAUGAUUUAAGUACACCCCCCCCACAAAGUAGAUUGUAGUAAUGUU